CCUAAGGAAACAGAAAACAAGUUGUGGAAACCAAGAGGGAGACAAGUCAUUUACUUCCCCUCCACAAACCCAAGAGCAUGAAUUAUCUCAUUAGAUUUCUGUUUACCAUAUCUUCUUGUUUCCUCAUUAGCCCGAGCUUUUCUCUUCUUCAAAAACCAUGGAAACCAUGUUAAUAAACUUCUCAUCAUCACCACCCACUUCAUCUUCCCCUUAUUCUCUUUUCAGAUUAGCCAAUUUAAAGUCACAUAUUUCAGAAUUUCCACCUAAACCCAAAACCCAUCUCUUGAACUCUCUAUCUUCUUCCUUUUAUUCAUCAUCAAACGCCCGCAGUUUUCAUUGCAAGAACCAGUUUUUAAAUUUUAGGAGUAGGUUCACUGUUAAAAAAGGACAUGAAUUUAGGUCAUGUGCUGUUUCUGGAUUUGAUUUGGGGAGUUUCGAAUCUGUUUUGGAAGCAGCUGGAGUUUUAACAGCAAUCAUUAUUGUUCAUGAAAGUGGUCACUUUCUUGCUGCUUAUCUUCAGGGAAUUCAUGUAAGUAAAUUUGCAGUUGGGUUUGGUCCAAUUUUAGCUAAGUUUAAUGCUAGGAAUGUUGAGUAUUCUAUUAGAGCUUUUCCUUUAGGUGGGUUCGUUGGGUUUCCUGAUAAUGAUCCAGAGAGUGGUAUACCUGUUGAUGAUGAAAACUUGCUUAAGAAUAGACCAAUAUUAGAUAGAGUUAUUGUGAUAUCAGCUGGUGUAGUUGCUAAUAUAAUCUUUGCAUAUGUUAUAAUAUUUAUUCAAGUUUUAUCAGUUGGUUUGCCUGUUCAAGAGUCCUUUCCUGGGGUGCUUGUGCCCGAGGUUCGAGCAUUUUCCGCUGCUUCCCGUGAUGGAUUGUUUCCUGGUGAUGUACUCCUCUCUGUUAACGGUGUGGAAUUCCCAAAAACUGGGCCUAGUGCUGUUUCUGAGAUUGUUGAUAUUAUUAAGAAAAGUCCCAAGAGAAAUGUGAUACUUGAAGUUGGGAGGGGAGAGCAGAAAUUUGAAAUUGGGAUCACCCCAGAUGAGAAUUUUGAUGGUACUGGUAAAAUUGGGGUUCAAUUGUCACCAAAUGUGAAGUUUACAAAGGUUAGGCCCAAGAAUCUGCCGGAGGCUUUUAGAUUUUCUGGAAAAGAAUUCUGGAGUCUCACUUCGAAUGUCUUGGAUAGCUUAAAACAAACAUUUCUGAACUUCUCACAAACGGCUAGUAAGGUAUCAGGUCCUGUUGCGAUUAUUGCUGUAGGUGCAGAAGUUGCUAGAUCAAAUAUUGAUGGACUUUACCAGUUUGCAGCCGUGCUCAAUAUUAACCUUGCAGUGAUCAACCUUCUCCCGUUACCUGCUUUGGAUGGGGGUUCACUGGCCUUGAUUCUUAUAGAGGCUGCUAGAGGUGGGAGAAAGCUUCCUCUGGAACUAGAGCAACGGAUUAUGUCCUCAGGAAUUAUGCUUGUUAUACUGCUUGGGUUAUUUCUGAUCAUCCGGGACACCCUUAACCUUGAUUUUAUCAAAGAAUUGUUGUGAUCACUUCUUUAGUUUUGGGAGCCCAUAGGCAAUUCGGGUGGGAUAGAUUGCUGGGGAAGCUGAUGUUAGAUCGUCCUGUUGCUAGUGUUGUCCUAUGAAGGGGAUGAAGUGAGUUCAUUGUAGAUGAUUCGUGUUGUUUAUUGCCUCUGCCAAGAUGCUAUUUCGCAGGUAUUCGAUUCUUCAUUAUCUCCUUUUUACUUCAUUCAACUUUAUGACUUCCUUAUGGUGUUGUAAACUGUAGAUUCUUGAAUGACAUUGGCACAGUUUGUGCACUUAAAUCCCAUGCUUCAUGAUAAUCACAAAGAUCUAUGUAAUCAUAACAUUAGCUUGUGAAAGUGAUCUCAAGUAUUCAUGGAUGCCAUGAGAUGGAAUAUAUCAUUCAGCAAAACAUCUUUGCACA